CCGCCUCGUUUUGCUAACUUGUUGACAAAAAGAACACCUGUUAAAAUGGGUCUGGCAGAAUGAGUGUCGCGGCCCUUUUCGCGCCCUCGGCCCUUCUUUAGCGGCUGCUUUUGAUCAGAGAUUGCGGCCGGCGCCAUGGACCACUCGGAGUUGGUGGCCGAGAUGCCGAACGUGGAGCGGCUGAGUGUGCAGGAGCGGCUGCACCUGGCCAGACGACGGCGGCUGCAGCAGCUGCGGUCCUGGGCGCAGAACGAGAAGGAGUGGACCAAGCGGAGGAACAGCCAAAACCACAACACCAUCCGCAGCACGGCCAACAGGAAGAUCAAGUUCAACAACAGCGUCGUCCUGCUCGAGGCCGCCGCCAGGAACGACAUCGACGAAGUUCGCUACCUCUUGAAACAGGGAGUUGAUCCGGACGCCACCAACGAGGAUGGCCUCACUGCUUUGCAUCAGUGCUGCAUCGAUGACAACGAAAAGAUGCUGCUUCUGCUGCUCGAGUUCGGUGCCAACGUCAAUGCCGAGGACUCUGAAAAAUGGACACCUCUGCAUGCGGCUGCAACCUGCGGCCACCUGCACCUGGUCAAAAUUCUGGUGGCCCAUCACGCCAACCUGCUCGCUGUGAACGCAGACGGAAACAUGCCCUACGACAUCUGCGAGGACGAGUCCACCUUGGACUUCAUCGAAGGAGAAAUGGCUCAGCAGGGAGUGACUCAGGAACUUAUCGAUGAAACGAGAGGUUCGACUGAGUUGCAAAUGCUCCACGAACUGCAAAAGGUUGCAGACAAAGGCGGUGACCUGGAAACAUGUGACGAUAUUCACGGCGCAACUCCUCUCCACAUUGCAGCCGCGAAUGGUUAUCUGCAAGUGGUGGACUUUCUGCUAGACCACCAUGUGAGCACGGAUGUCAAAGACAGGGAUUUGUGGCAGCCAGUGCAUGCUGCUGCUUGUUGGGGUCAUUUGGAAGUGGUCGAGGCCCUGGUCCUGUCCGGAGCUGAUCUGAAUGCCAAAAACAAACACUCGGAAACCCCAGCUGAUAUAUGCGAGGACCCCGAAAUCCGAGAACGAAUUCUCCAACUGAAGACGGAACAGGAGAGCAAAAGGGCGCAGGAGCAGCAGAAGCGCCGAGGCGUCCGUCGCUCUCAGUCCAACAACACUCGCACGCAGAAUGUCAGGAGGACGUCGAUUCGUGAUAAGAGCCUCACUUCGAAGAAGGAGGCUGUGGCAGAGGCAAGACUGCGUCUUCAAGUUAGAGACUCUCCUACAACCCCUCAGGGUGAUCUCCCUCUCGAUGCUCCCAAAAACGGCAUCGAGCCUACAAGAGUGGAAGUUCCGGCGGUCAGGAGGGCUCCUGAGGGCAUGGACUCCGAAGUGAAUGAGAAUGAGAAACCUUUUGCGCAAGGUGCCGCCAAUUGUAAAGCAGACGACGAUGCAAAGAAAAUCAACAUACACGUGUCCGUAACCAUAAACGCUGGGACCCUGGCAGACCUGAAGAAGCAAAGGUCGCAAAUCCGCAGCUCGUCCACAGACAUGAGCGUGACCGGUUCCGACGCCCACCCCCCUUCGUCCCUGUCCUCCGUGAGCAUGACCAGAGUGGCGGACGAGGUCAUCGGCGAGAAGCCUUACAAUCGAUUCUCGGGAGACACAAGCGAGGCGAUUUGUGACGUCACUCGCACCUCCCGACGCUGUUCCAUCCUUUGAGACGCUGUUUUGCUCAAAUUUUGUCUAUUUUUCCUCAACAAGAGAGAGACAGCCAAACUUCCAGACACGCCAAUAUUUCGAUCAUUUGCAUUUAAGAAAGAGAAUCUACUAAGUGUGGAAAAAUUGUAGUUCUUAGAACAGAUUCAAUGGGCUUAUCCGUAGCAAUAGCAGUUCAUGGCCUGCCAUUCACUUAUCUAAAUUUGUAAGCAAUAUUGUAAUAAGCUAUCAAUAUACAACAUCACACAGCCGGGCAGUGAUAUCAAGGAAAAAUUGUGACUGGGAAUUAGUUGAACGAGGUGGAGCUCGGGUUUGCUUUUGAUCUCGAGUCCAUUCCACCGAAAUGCACUGAUUUUUGAAAGGUAAAUAGACGAAAGAAAGAGAAAGCUACAUUAUAUCUAAAAAAAAAGAAUUUAAAAGUGUUACUCCGCAGGAAUAUUAUAUAUAUCGGAAUAUUUAUCAAUUCUUUCAGAAGGUACUUAAUUAGAGGACUAUCAAAUCCGGAUAUACAUAUUUUGUACUUUGUCAAGAUAAUUACAGGAGCAGCUGCAUAAUUCUUACUCAAUGAGAAAACAUACAUUCCAUUUAUUGUAUAAUAAAUUAUUAUUUUUGUAAGUGUAGAGACAACGACUUCGUAGAGAGACUUAGUUUUACUACUUUACUGCAUCAAGAUAGCGCACUUGUAAAAUAGCACAAAGAGGAUCGUCUCUUUUUUUUCCUUGUUAGCAACUAAAAUAUAUGUUCAAAAUGACUUUUCAAGGCAGGUACCUGUUUAAAGAAGAGAGAACCGAAUGCGUUUUGUAAAAAGCGAGAAGAAAAAUUCUUAAAUCUUGUGUUAAUUUAAUUUCAAUUUUAUCCGGAUCUAUUUGGAUGUCAUUGGUUUAAAAUUGGAUCUGUUGAAGAUAGAAGAAAUAUCUGGGGGCAUAAUUAUGUGUAGUCAGUCAAUCAAUAAAAUAUUUAUUUUCAAGCAC